AUGACGGGUGAAAUUUCUCAUGAAAUGAAAAAUUUUCAUGAAAUUAUUAUCUUAAAUUUAUCUUAUAACAAUUUGAUAGAACCAAUCCCACCAUCGUUUUCUAAUCUCAGAAACAUUGAGAGUUUAGAUCUUUCUUAUAACAAUUUGAGUGGGAGUAUCCCUCUUCAAUUGGUUGAUUUAUCUUUCUUGGCUUCUUUCAAUGUGUCAUACAACAAUUUAUCUGGAAAACCACCUCCAAGGACAAAUCAGUUUGCAAGUGAUUUUGACGAGAACAGCUAUUGGGGAAAUCCUUUUCUUUGUGGAGAACCACUGCCUAAAAAGUGUUCAAUAAUUGAAGUAUCAUCAAACUCAACUGAAGAUGGAGAAGAUGUUGGUUUAAUUGACGUCACAUCCUUUUACGUGACUUUCACUGUGUCUUACAUAACUGUUUUAUUGAGUAUUGCUGUGGUUUUAUUCAUCAAUCCUUACCGGAGAGGAGCAUGGUUCUAUCUUGUAGAAAAAUGCAUCAACUCUUGCUUCUAUUUUGUUGUGGGCAAUCUUCCCAAACUAUUUGGUUGUGGUAACAUGUAA